UCAGUGGACUUUCUGGACAGACAGAAGCCACAGUAUUCUGUUGACUGAACGGCUUAAAAUCAAUGGACAUGAUUGAGUAAAACCACCAUAAGAUAAAAACUAAACCAAACUGUGAACCUUAACAAACCUUCUGCUCCCAGUUGUCGUUUGAAUGGAUGGCCUGUUAAACCAAACCUCAUUCUAAAAGCAGGUGUUGCAUUAUUUUCUCUGAGGUUGCGGAUCUUUAUUUAAUCAGCCUUAAAUUUUAAUUGCAUGCAUUAUUCAACAUUUUAGAUAUAUCUACAUAUCCUUGUGUAUCUUCUUUUUCUGCUACUUUAUACUUCCACACUGCACUACACUUUUUAUUAUUUUUUUUUAAAACAUUUUUUGGUUACUACUUAUUUUGCAGAUUGAUAUCACUGUAUUGCUUAUAGGCUAUUAAUUAUUGGGAUAUGUUACCUAUCAGAUAGUGUUGAGGAUGGUAUGCUUUGUUAGACGUUGAUGCUGCAUCAGAGUCAAAGUGGCACAUUUUUGAAUCAGUUUAUUUUGUCGGCAACCUGUAAGAACCUUACUGUUGUACUAUAAAUAGGCACUCAUCAUCUUUGUCACAAAUGUUUGCUAACCACUUUUGAGGAAUUGUUUAAAAAAAAAAAAAAGAUUGGUAUGGACUGCUUUUGCCCUGGCCCCUUUUUUGGGACAAAAAUUUAGCUAAAAUGGGUUUGUUAAAUGGAUUAAUUCUUCAUGGAUUUGUUGAUAAUAAGAAAGAUCUGGAAAAUGACUAGCCUUAUCCAUUAACGCAACAAAAACAUCCUUAAAAUACUGCAGGAGAUACUAUGAGAGUAAUCUGGUAAGAAUGACUUGAAGUCUGGCCAGCUGGUCCUGUUCUCUGCUGGAGUCGUAUAUUGCUGCUUCCCCCCUGCAGACUGUCUGAGGCCUGAACUGAGCACUGCCAAUCAAAAACUGAAAACAGAUACUGAUCCAUGAAUGAUUCAUGGUGUGGGCAGGAGCUUCUGUUGCUGUGAGCUGCGCUGUGGGCAGGACACUGGAAGUGUGGCAGGCUGAUCAGCGAAUGGUGCAGAGGCAGGGCUAAGAGGGAAGAGCCAAUGAUGGAGAGGAGCCUGCGCCUGUUCAGCCGGGACAUGAAGAGCUGCAAGGAGUGGCGGAGGGAGUGCACGAGUGACAGGCGAGAGUGCAUGAGAGUGGAGCGGAGGAAAACAGGUCGAGGGAGAGAACGCGGAGGAGGGAGAGAGUGGAAGACGGAGCGAUAGGUGGAGCACCGAGGAAGAGGAGAGUGCAUCUGUUGACUCGCAUCUUAUAAAAGACUGAGCCAGACGCACAGAAACCAUGGCCAACAUCACUGCCACUAUACACCCAAGUAAUCUGCCAUGGCACCAAGAGGCGGCCCCUCUCUCCCACGUCUCCUUGCAGGUCCAGGAGGUCUACCCUUUCCAUGAUGGCUGGAAUGUUGCCUGCUUCAUCAUUCUCCUGCUCUUCAUUCUCACCGUCCUGUCCCUGGCUGCCUUGGCCGUGCUCUAUGAGCUACUGGACUGUGGGUGCUGUGCCAAAGGGAAGACACAUCAGCAGCUACAGGAGGAGGGGCCAGGAGGCUGCGGCAAGCUCAUGACCAGCAUUUGCAAGGAGCCCGAAUCCCACACUGAGGUGGUAUAGGGGUGGCGGGGAUGAAGAUGAGGCAGAGUGGGAAUUCAGGUUCAUUGCUGAAAUGGGCAAUACCACAGCAUUGACCCUGAGGUCCCAAACAAAGAACUUCUAAAUCUGCUCGAUAGUGGUUCAGUUGCUCACAGUAAAAGAGGAUGCGGAGGAAGGAGGCAGGAUAAAGAAACAGAAAUAUGUAAAAAGAAAAGAAGCAACGGGGGCUGUUUUUCAAUGAUUCCGAGUGAGUCUAAUUAGCUUUUCAUUCCAGUUAGGGGGGAAUCUUCACACAACUACAUUCACUAACGCUUAACACACAGGGCAGUGAUAGCCCUGUUCCACACCAAAAAUACUUCUAGUGGAAGGACAGAGCACUCAGGUAGAGUAGUAAUAAGAGUACCCGAAAUAGUACUAAUAGUGUGGCUGGAAUAUCAUGCUAACAUAGGCAAACAAUUAUCAGGCCCAAUAUAAACUAGGUUUCUUGUUUCAACGACACCUGCCCUGUUAGUACUGCACGUAUUUGUGACCUGCUGGACGCAAAUGAGCUUCUAUGGAGAUGUGUUGUUUACAGACAGAAAAUGCUGUCCAAACCUAAGGACUUGAAUAUCCUUGUUUCUCAACAGGACAUGAAAAACAACAAAUAAAUGAUCAAGCUCAGUUGGACAGCACCAUUGCUUUGGAUAAAGCCUGUGCUUCUCUAUACUUUAUUAACUUGUAUGCCAGUGUUGUCAACAUGUUUAGUAAUACCAACGUUAUUUCAUGACAAGUGACACUUGACUGCUGCACAUGUGACGUACUGUAAUUGAUCAUGUCAUGUUGAGCACAAUGUAAAAUUUCAUAUGCCUUACCACAAAAUGCCUAACAAAGUGUCACUAAAUUAUGUACCACAUUUUUUUUUCUGCUAAAAGAACAAAUAAAUGUUAGGUGGUGAAAAAA